AGUUCUGUUUGCAAAACGCAGCCAAUUGGUUGUGUGCCAAGCAAAGAAGAGGUGGAAGUUCACAAUAACAACGAACUGAUCCAAGUCAAAGUGGAAGCUGAGCGCGAACUCGAAAUCGAAGUGGUGGAAGUGACUGAAGCAUAAGAACAAAAACCUUUUUUUCACAAUUUUUUUUUUCUUGCUGCAAUUGUGCGCGUUCUUCGUCGUGUUCAAUUCACAUCAAUUACCCCAAUUUAUAGAUCGAAAUUAUAAAGACAUUGCGUAGCGCACUUGACUUUACUUUAUAAGUUUGCGACACGCGACUCGUAAAACAAAAACGCGCGACAAAGCAAAGCUUCCAUUUUCCAGUGUUCCAGCGUUCCCGCAUUCCUGCCGUCCAGCUCCUUGUCCGUCAACUAUAAAGUUCACAAUGAUUCCGGUUCUGGACAGACUAAGCGGCUUCUACAAUGCCUAUGUGCUGGGCAUACUGACGAUCGGCUAUAUCCUGGGCGAGCUGGGCCAUUAUCUGAUCGGUGUCACCUCCAAGCAGACCGCUAUCGAGCUGGACUAUGGUGAUCAUGGGUGUCAGCAGAACAACAGCAUGUUCAGUCGUCACGAGCUGACAACGCAAUGUGGCGACGUCAAGAACGAGACGAGCUGCUAUGCCCUCGAUCUCAAUGGCACCGGCUACUGCGAAUGGAACUACAAUGGCCUGGGCAUCGAUUAUCAGAUUCUUGCCGGUCCCACUUUCAUUCUGGUCUUCACCAUAGCCGGUGUCUUCAUGGGAUUUGCGGCCGAUAAAUACAAUCGUGUGAAGAUGCUCACCGUGUGCACGGUGAUCUAUGGCAUUGCGAUCUUCCUGCAGGGCACCGUUAAGCAGUAUUGGCAUCUGGUGAUAUUGCGUAUGAUAAUGGCCGCCGGUGAGUCCGGUUGCAAUCCUCUCGCUACCGGAAUUAUGUCCGAUAUAUUCCCGGAAAGCAAACGCGCUUUGGUCAUGGCCAUCUUCAACUGGGGCAUCUAUGGCGGCUAUGGCAUUGCCUUCCCCGUGGGUCGUUACAUUACCAAGCUCAACUUCUUCGACUUGGGCUGGCGUGUGUGUUAUCUGGGUGCCGGUGUCCUGACCGUCAUUGUGGCCGCACUCACUGGAUCAACGCUGAAGGAACCGGAACGGAAGGCAAUCGGUGAGGGAGAUCGUCAAACGGCCAGCGGUAAGCCCGUGACAUUGUGGCAGGUGAUCAAGAGUCCUGCCAUGAUUAUGCUGAUGAUUGCCGCCUCCAUACGUCACUGCGGUGGCAUGACGUUUGCCUACAAUGCGGAUCUCUAUUACAACACCUAUUUCCCCGAUGUCGAUCUCGGCUGGUGGCUCUUUGCUGUCACCAUUGGCAUUGGCAGCGUCGGUGUCGUUGUGGGUGGCAUUGUUUCCGACAAGAUUGUAGCCAAAAUGGGCAUCAGAUCGCGUGCCUUUGUCCUUGCGCUCAGUCAAUUGAUUGCCACGCUGCCCGCCUUUGGUUCCGUCUACUUUGAUCCUUUGUGGGCCAUGAUUACGCUGGGCCUGAGCUAUUUCUUUGCCGAAAUGUGGUUCGGUAUUGUGUUUGCCAUUGUCGUCGAGAUUGUCCCGUUGCGUGUGCGCUCCUCGACCAUUGGCGUCUUCCUCUUUGUGAUGAACAACAUUGGCGGCAAUCUGCCCAUUCUUGUGGAUCCCGUUGCCAAGAUGCUCGGCUAUCGCGGCUCCAUUAUGAUCUUCUACUCGGGCUUCUAUGGCAUCAGCUCAAUUCUUUUCCUCAUCACUUGCUUCCUGCUGGAGGGCAAGCCCAAGACAGAGGAGGUCGUUGCCGCCCAGGAGUCGCAGCACAAGGGACUCGGCGGCGAUGCUGUGCUCAAUGCUCGUCCCAUGCACGGUCACGACAACUCGGUGUUUAGCGUGGACGAAACACUGCCCUCUGCCAAUGGUCGUCCUGCUCAGCUGCAGCCUCAGCAUCUGCAGAUGUCGAACAAUGGUUACGACAAGUCGAUGCCAGCUCGUCAUAAUGGCGCCGCCGAGAGCAGCAGACUGUAGACUCCUUCUUCUUCUUCUUCGUCCAUGUAGUAUUAGACAACACACAAAUCUCUCCACCCCGUCGACAAGUGCUUUCUGCUGCAUAUGUUAUAUAUACUAUAUGCAUAUCGAUAUCUAUCUAGACAUAGACAUUAAUCGUAUUGUAUUGUAUUCUAUAUAUAUAAAACUUUUUUUUUUUGUUUUUUUUUUUUUGUAUCGCAUGUAAUUUAGUAAUUGAUCUUUAUUAUUUUUGUAAAAAAUUAUCUAUUCAUAAGUCUGUGAGCAGUGUACAAGCUAUAGCCAAGUACACAGACUCGCCCAAUUGUACCUUAUAUUGCGCAUAUCGGUUAUAUGCAGCGAAAGAACAAAAUUUCAUUUCGAUCUUUGCAAGUUUUUUUAAAUUAAAAGCUUAGAGAAGAAUUAUCGCUAUUAAGUUGUUUUUAUUGAUUGGAAAAUGUUAAUAAAUGACUCU